AUGUGUGAGUCUGACCCUGUCUCUCCCUUCUCCCUUCAGACAUGCCUGGAGUUGGAGCGUUAUCUACAGACGGAGCCCAAGAGGCUGUCGGACCUCUUUGACGAGGAGCUUGACUGCCUGCUCACCCCGGCCUACCUGAAGGAGGACAGUGAAGAAGAACUACUAGACCCCCUCCUCUCCAGCCUCCCGGACCCCCCCAGCCCUCCUCUACCGCCCCUGCUCUGCCCCUCUCGGAAGCACCUCUCUGGGGCCUUGAAGUCUGCCAAACUUAGAGACGGGAUGGGGUUAGGGUCUGGAGGGGGAGGGGUACACCCAGCCCAGUUGAGCGCCGUCACCUCCCUGACGCCGCCCUCGUCCCCGGAGCUGGGACGCCACCUGGUCAAGCCCGACCCCCACCAGACUCUGACGGCAUCUGCGGAUGGCACGCUCACUCUCAAACUGGUGGCGAGGAAGGUGGGGCUGAGCUCCGCCAUGCUGGCAGCGACAGACGCGCCACCGCUGCCCACAAGGCGUGACACCACAGGCGGGCACAGCGACGGCGAGCAGGGGGGCACAUGUGUGAUGGGCGUGGGGGGUAUCUCUGAGAACAAGAAGAGGGUCCACCGCUGCCAGUUUAAUGGCUGCAGGAAGGUCUACACCAAGAGCUCCCAUCUCAAGGCCCACCAGAGGACACACACAGGUGAGAAGCCCUACAAGUGCUCAUGGGAGGGCUGUGAGUGGCGGUUCGCCCGGAGCGAUGAGCUGACGAGACACUACCGCAAACACACGGGCGCCAAGCCUUUUAAGUGUGACCACUGUGACAGAUGUUUCUCACGGUCGGACCAUUUGGCACUACACAUGAAAAGGCAUAUCUAAGGAGGUGGAGGAAGAAGAGAGGGAGAGGAGGAGAGCGAGAAGAGGAGAGGUGAAGAUGGAGGUGAACAUCACGCCUGUCUCUGUUGUGUUGAAAAGGGUACUGAGAGAGAGAUCUUGGUUGCAUCAGAUGAAGGAUCGGAUCAGCCUUGGGAGACAUGGGAGAGCAAGACAAACGGACAGGGUCUGAGGGGCUGCAUUGGCCACGUAAUCAUGGUGUUUGUGUACAGACAGAUAAACAGACAGUCUGGUCUAAUGUUGUUCCCAAAGCAGCUCUGCCUCCCCGAGUCCUGGAAAUCUGAUACUGCCAGAUUGGGAUUCUGCCUGGAGACAGUAACACAAUACCGGCUAACGCUUGUGUCGUAUAAAGAGUAAAAGUUGGUGUCCCAUUUUCUGUUGCUCUUUCAAAGGUUAUCUUAGUGUUUGGACAACUGAAAACAACCACAGGACAAGGCUACUUUGCAAAGCCAACCCAGUCAAACUCCUCUUGUAAGGAGUCAAAGGUCAACCGGAAGACAUUGACCCGGUCCCUGGUCAGACAACUGAUGACCACGUUGAACUAUAAUAUUCAUACUCCUAUUCUCCAGAUGCACUCCUCUCUGCCUCCUCUCUGCCUCCUCUCUGCCUCCUCUCUGCCUCCUCUCUGCCUCCUCUC